AUGGAGCCUUUAUAUGAAAGGUUCAGAAAGCAAGCGCCUCCAGUAUUUUUGGGAGGCCCUGAUGUUUUAAAGGCUGAGCAGUGGUUGACCGUUAUUGAGAAAAUACUGAAUUUUAUGGGAGUAGCUGGAAAUGAUAGGGUGGCAUGUGCCACAUUUCAAUUUCAAGAGGAUGCCCUGAUCUGGUGGGAAAUGGUAUCCCUCACCAGGGAUGUGACCAGAAUGACCUGGGAAGAGUUCCGGGAAUUAUUCAACGCCAAAUAUUACAAUGAGGCGGUCCGCAGUGCAAAGCGGAAGGAAUUUGUUGAGUUGGUACAAGGCGAGGGUAUGUCAGUAACCGAAUAUACCACCAAGUUUGAUCGCUUGGCCAAGUUAGCCUCCGAAAUCGUACCAACAGACUUCAGCAAGAAAGAAAAGUAUUUGGCUGGGCUGAAUGCCAAAAUCAGACAUGACCUGGUUAUUACAACGAAUGAUACCACAACUUAUGCAGAAAUGGUUGAUAAGGCUCUUCGAGCUGAAGGAGCAGUUAAAUUUUUACAAGAAACCCGAGAGUCUUCUGGUGUCGGUGGGAUCACUACUCUCCCUAUGUCGGGUCCUGAAAAAGAGAGUGGGGGUUCUACCCUUGAACAGAAGAAAAGAACUUUUCCAUCUUCGGGAAGUUCAGGACAAGGAAAAAGGUUUCGAGGAAACCAGAACAGAGGGGGACGUUCUCGUGUUCCAAGAAUCUCAGCGUUGAAAGCUAGGGAUUUAUUACGAGAUGGAUGUGUUGGAUUUCUGGCAGUGGUAGUAGAUUCCAGUAAACCUGUGUUACUUGGACCAGAAGAAGUUAAAGUGGUUAAGGAAUUCCUGGAUGUGUUUCCAGAGGAAUUGCCGGGAUUACCACCUCAGCGGGAGAUAGAUUUCAUCAUUGAUUUAAUUCCUGGAGCGGAACCUGUUUCAAAGGCACCUUACCGAAUGGCACCUGCUGAAUUAAAAGAACUGAAGAUACAACUCCAAGGGAUGUUGGAUCUAGGGUUCACUCGGCCUAGUGUGUCACCUUGGGGAGCCCCUGUGCUAUUUGUGAAGAAGAAAGAUGGAACUCUUCGGAUGUGUAUCGAUUAUCGGGAACUGAAUAAGUUAACCAUUAAGAAUAAAUAUCCUCUGCCCAGAAUUGAUGAUUUGUUUGACCAACUUCAGGGCAAGACAGUAUUCUCUAAGAUUGACUUGAGGUCUGGAUAUCAUCAAUUGAGAAUUCGAGAAGAGGAUAUCCCGAAGACAGCUUUCCGAACCAGGUAUGGUCACUAUGAAUUCCUGGUUAUGUCUUUUGGGUUAACAAAUGCACCGGCAGCUUUUAUGGAUCUCAUGAAUAGGGUAUUCAAGGAUUUCCUCGAUAAUUUUGUAAUUGUAUUUAUCGAUGAUAUUCUUGUGUACUCUCGGUCAGAAGCGGAGCAUGAGCAACAUCUUCGAAUGGUUCUGCAGCGGCUUAGAGAUCAUAAACUCUAUGCAAAGUUUAAAAAGUGUGAGUUCUAGCUGUCACAAGUGUC